CUCAGCUUGUUUGCCAGAUUGUUCAUGAUUGUUGUAUAGUAUAGGGGUGUUUCGGUGCGGUUACGUACGGGUCGGUUGUGUUAUGUUAACCAACGGACCUAGAAUGUUACGAGGACGAGUCAAACAUUUACUGCACUGUAUUUUUUAUUUCUCCUUCAUAUUUUUGUUCCUCGUAUUUGCUGGUGCCAUUGAUUUAAAUGAAGAGAAAAAUGCUAUUCCGGAUCCCUGGGAGACUUACGGGUUUUAUGGGGCAAGCCUCCUUUACCUCCUCAGAUUAUGUACCUUGCUGACAAUACCUCAGGUGCUGUGCAAUUUUGCUGGAUUAAUAUUUUUCAACGCCUUUCCGGGAAAGGUAAAACUAAAAGGUUCCCCAUUACUGGCACCCUUCAUCUGCGUCAGAGUCGUGACUAGAGGUGACUUUCCGAAACUGGUGAAGACUAAUGUUUCCAGAAACAUGAACACUUGCAUUGAUGUUGGAAUGGAGAACUUUAUGAUAGAAGUUGUCACAGAUAAAGUUUUGAAUCUGCCGAAGCAUAGAAGAGUAAGAGAAGUGGUGGUGCCAUCUGAAUACCAGACAAAGAGCGGUGCUCUAUUCAAAUCCAGGGCACUCCAGUAUUGUUUGGAAGACAAUGUCAAUAUAUUGGCAGAGACUGAUUGGAUAGUGCAUUUAGAUGAAGAGACUCUGUUGACUGAGAACUCUGUUCGGGGUAUUUUGAAUUUUGUGCAAGACGGCCAGCACCAGUUCGGCCAAGGCCUAAUCACAUAUGCUAAUGAGCAAGUGGUCAACUGGCUGACCACCCUGGCGGAUAGCUUCCGAGUGGCAGAUGACAUGGGCAAGCUGAGGUUUCAGUUUUAUUGGUUCCACAAACCUCUGUUCAGUUGGAAAGGCUCCUAUGUAGUUACACAGAUGGGUGCAGAGAAGAGAGUGUCGUUCGACAAUGGUUUGGACGGAUCCGUGGCUGAGGACUGCUACUUCGCCAUGAAAGCGUACAUGGAAGGGUACUCAUUUAAUUUUAUAGAAGGUGAAAUGUGGGAGAAGUCUCCGUUUACAUUGUGGGACUUUAUGCAGCAGAGGAAAAGAUGGAUUCAAGGUAUUCUUUUAGUAGUCCAUACUAAGCAAAUACCAGUACUUAAUAAGAUCUUUCUAGCCAUAUCAUGUUAUUCUUGGGUGACACUGCCAUUGUCAACUAGUAAUGUAUUUUUAGCCGCUCUGUGUCCGAUCCAUGGCCCCCAGUUUUUGGAUUUAAUAUGUGGAUUUAUAGGUGCUGUAAAUAUUUACAUGUACAUUUUCGGGGUAAUUAAAUCCUUUCCUUUAAAUAGAUACGGUCCUAUCAGAUGUAUCAUGUUUGUGGUCGGCGCUCUGGCAACUAUACCACUUAAUAUUAUUAUUGAGAAUAUUGCUGUAAUAUGGGGGGUUUUAGGCAAAAAGCAUAAAUUUUAUAUUGUAAACAAGGAGGUAAAGGUCCCGGUGACCGUGUGAUCCUCCUGUUUCGUAUCACAUUGUUAGGUUUUGUUACUGAGCUAAGCGUGUGCACAAAAUACUUUAGUGAAAUCAUUUUGCACUUAAUCUCGAGUGUGUUGACGAGAAUGCGUGUUGAUAAAUGGAAAAUUGGAAUGAGCGGAAAAUCAAGUAUUGUUAGUUUCUAAAUUAAGCAUGUGACUGAUUUUCUUUAUUAUCAAGCUAUUAUAAUAAGCCAAAUAUAUUUAUAACCUACCUAUAUUUGCCUAGUCACUUCUGAGCAAAAAUAGAGUACAUUUCAACUCAAUUUGAAAUACGUGUAAUGAAAAGCUAUUAUAUGUAUACAAUUGGUUACAUGAUUGGAUGAUUGUUAUUUCCACGAAAUAAUUUCACUAUCUGUACAUAAGUCAGAAAUGAAUAGAUACCUAAAUAUCUUGUGAUAAGUUGGCACCAUGGUAAUGAAUGUUAAUAGAUAAAUGCGUGUGUCAUCUACCUAAUAUCUAGUAUCGAUAUAUAAUUAUGAUUAGGUUAAAUUUCGUCAUAAUUUGUGUUCGAUUUUGAGUAGAAUUCUUGUUGCUGUUUUAAAGCAAAUCACUCAACUGGGAACCUGAGGUAAGGUUGGGUUUCCUCACAUUUUAUACCUAAGUAGGUAUUUUUAACUUACGCACCGUGUACUUAAUAUUUGAAACAAAUAAAUUCGAAUAAAAUUAAUCUUUAAUUAAUUAUAUAGUAUUUGUAGUAGAAUAGGUAUUUAAAUAGAGAAUGACCGAGUUAUGUUCUAAAACAUAAGUGUGUGUUUGGUAAAAGAUAUAUUUUAUCUGCAAUUCUGAUCGUUUUGUGAUGUUAUUAUGAAAACACAACAUAUUUUUUAUAUGUACCUACUCACGUACCUUAAUAUAUUUUACACAUAACAUGUAAAUAAACAGCACAUCGUUAUGAAAUAUCGGAUAUAAAAAUGUAAUGGAAUGCAUAUUUAUAAUAGUUUACAAAACAGUGUAGCAAAGACAGUAAAGUUCGAGUAUGCCUUGCAUAUAAGUAUAGAGACGAACAUAUGUUUGUAAGCGAUUUCAUUGCUUUCAGUUUGAAAAUUAAAUAGAUACUUAUCUGAAAUACGUAUCACAUUCAAUAUAUUAUUAUACUGGCGUGGAAUUUAUUUACGCAUGACGUCCUUGUGAAAGAGGGCCAUUGGAACCAAUUACUGUUUAUUAGGGUUCUCGACCUUCCACUCAUGCCGUAGGCACAAUUGUUUGUACGUGACAGUUUUUAUAACCGACACCAUACAUUACAGAAUUAUUUAUAGUAGGUACCUAUUCAUGAUUGUGAACACCCAUUAAGUAUACUUUUUUCUCAUACAUGCGCGGAAAUAUUGCCAGUAAUGUCAGUGUGAUAAAUUGCUAAAGUUUAAGUAUACCUACCUAUCGAAAAUCUGCGAUAUCUAUCCUCUUACGAUUACGAGCGCUUUUUUGAGACGCGCCGACAAUGCAUAGGUACAGUAUUGACGGCCUAGGUCGGAUAAAUAGGUUCGGCACAAAAUGCACACACUCCAGUACCUAAUUGUUAUUAAUUUAAGGUACAUACAAUACCUACAAUACAAUACUCUUUAUUGCACACCUAAAUAUAGAGACACACAUACAUAUAUAUCUCUGUAGUAAUGUGCUAUUAAUUUUCAAUACAGGUACUUACUAAGAUUAUUAUGAAUAUCAUGAUAAAAUUAUUAGAUGGUCAUUUACACCAUGAAUGUCGCCUGCUUGACACGACAUGCGUAAAUGUUGGGUAGGCACGUGCACUGUAGGUACUUUGUUGCAUAUUAACUAAAGGCAAAUAAAUACAGACACGUUACCCACAUGCAGUCAUGUCAACACUCUUAUCAGUUAUGGAUAACGUAAUAAUUUAUGUUCUGUAAAUUAUACACCGUGGGCUGGAGAAACCCGGCAGAUUUUAACCACGCAUUUCUGAGGUCGUAAGGAGCAAAAAAUGUUAUGAGUAUCGGUGAAAUUCGGCAAGAAUUUUUUUUUGCGUUUUCUGCACACGACAUGUUAUUUACGACAUCGUGGCAAAAAAAAACGAAUAAGUAAAGUUCUAUUUUUGGGCUGGGCUUUCGUUGGGCUGUUAAUUGUUAAAGUAAUGCCUGAUUCUAUUCAUCAGUUAAUUGCUGUUUAUUUUGUACUACCAAUAAAAGUAGAAUAACGAAAAUUGGAAAUCACCAUAAAGGUUAGCUGAUUGAUUGAUUGGUUGGUUGAGGCACAACUUGAUUGAAUCCAAUUCUAAUUAAUUCUUGCGCAAAUGUUAGCAAGAUUAGAACGCACACUUGUGUACCGAAAUGACAAGAACACAUUUUUUAAAAAUAAAGGACAUGAAAUACAGAUAAUGGUGUAAAUAUUAUGUUUAGGCAUAUUUUUGGCAUUAUAUACAUGAUCUCGUAAUUUAUUGAUAAAUUAUAGGUAAAAAUCUCAUUUAAAUAUAUGCUACUGAAUUCGAUAUGAACGAGUAUGUAAUUUUUUUUAUAAUAUGUACAAUAGCAAUCUCGAUUUCCCAAUGUGUAUUUCUACAUUUUACUGAAUGGGUGAAUCAACUUUUUCUUGUCACCGGUUGCUAUCGUUACGUUAUCCUAGAUUUAAAUGAAUCAAAAAUGCUUUUUUGUAGUAGUUUUAGAUACUUUCCGUAACGUAGAAAUUAAAAAGUGGCAACAUCGUAGUGUCGUCCCGUUUUCUUAGAUUUAUUUGAAAGAGACGAGACUAUAGUGUUGCCAAUUUUAAAUUUCUACAAAUUCUUGUCGGUCUAUACCUGGCACCUGGCACAUUAGUAAACCGCGUUGGCGGUAUAACAGUUCUUCUUAUAAACUGUGUCACUAAUGCCACCUGGCUGACGGGACAAAAUGUCAACAAGGAAUAGUUGAUCGACCCAAAUAGACUAGACCAGUUUUAUUUUGUAUGGACAAAUAAUCUUACUUACGGCCACUAUUACCAACUCACUAACGGGGUUAGCCGGUUAACGUUGGUACCUGCAGUUACCAUGGUUACCAGUACAAUUUGACACUGGGUUAACAGUUUAACCGGUUGGUGGGAUGGUGCAAGUGACGCUUAGUGUUAUAUAUUAAUCGAUAGAUUUAUUUGAAUAUCCGUUUACUUAAUAUAAUAACAUGAAUAACUAAGCUACCAUGAGAGUAUCCAGUUUUUCUAUUCGUGUCAAGACUAGUCACUUAAAUGAUUACUUCACAUAUUAUUAGGAGUAGUAUCUUGAAGUUCUAACACUUCUAACCUGAUCAAAUGCAAUUCGAAAACAACGUCCUCAGUACAUACAUAUAGUUCUUUGUUUUCUUCAUUAGAAAUAAGGUAAACAAUCUUAUUGUGUCUUUUAAUUGAAAAACACAUUUUAAAAAUAAGUUACUGCAAAUAUGUAACAAUUAUGAAUCUAAUACGAUCAUUUAUAUUCUUCUGCUUUCAUAAGUAGUAGUUAUUGAUUUUUUAAACGCGUUUUUCCAUUAAAAGACCUGUCAAGAUCGCUUACCUUCUUCCCAGUUCUUUCUAAUGCUAAAAAAACGAACUAUAGACAAUAGACGCUUAGAGGUUUAGGGGGUUAUCGGAACACACACGGUUACACAGUCCGGUCGGGUUCCGGAUUACGGUUUGCUAAAAACUUUCGGUGCAGGCCUAAUCAAAUUUUAAAAACUUCGUUUUAAUCUGUAAUUGAAUCAAAUGAUAAAGUAAAGACGCUAAGCACGAAGAAUUUCGGACAUUGACUCGUCUGUUCCUAUCUCUAUAGCACACGCGAGUAAUUACGAGUAUAUCGCUGUCCCGCCCAUGAUGCCGGCAGUCGAUGCUGUUGUACGAGAGGGACAGCAAUGUAAUUAUGCGCUUGCGAUAGAGAUAGGAACAUACGGGUUAAUGUACGAUUCAAUUAUGUCACCAGGUAUUUUAUUACACAACGAGGGUGGCAAAAAUAUUUGACACGUUUUUAUUUGGAGCGCAAUAAGAGCGCGUCAUAUAUUUUUGCGGCCCUCUCUGUGAAACACUAUUGCUAGUGACUGUACAUACUCGGAAAUGGGGAUUUCGUAUGAAAGUCGUGUGUGUCUACUUUAGAAUUAAGUGAUAUUUAUGUGAAAAGUUUCAACAUUAUUAUGUUGUGCUCCUGCUGGGGAGGGACAUGCGACUUGCAAAAGUAUUUUUUUUGUACCAAGCAGCUUAACAAGAGGAAAAAGACUGCUAAGAGGCGUAAAAUUAUUCCAAAAAUUGUGGGCAAGAAAUAAUGAAGGGAAAACAAGGAAGGUACAUUGUCAAGAUUUAACAAUCCAGUUUAAUGUUUGGUGCCUUACAGCGCCAUCUAUUUCAGCGGUUCAAACAUUUGCUACAAUAUUUUGCAUUAAUGUAUGCGUCUUAGUAUUGCCUUCAUCUAUGAAACAAUCAUAAGAAUAAACAUGAAAACAAAGACUUGAACAUCAUUAUAUAGGUUUAGAGUUGAUUUAUAUUUUUUAUAUGUAUAUUUUUUGGUCACAAACAUUUUGAUUUGUUUAUGUAUUCUGCUAUUUCUGCUGGAAAGUAAAUGGCGUUAAUGUUACUAAAAUGGCGUUAAUGUUACAAACGCCUUAUUAGUAACUGUACCGAAAUGAAAAUGUAUGCCGCUGCACCGGCAUUUAAACUAGGUACAGUCGCCAUCAGAUAUAUCGGAGCGGCCAAGGUGUUCACAAUAUCUGAACGCGCACUCUAACGCCUUGACAAUAGAGGCGUGUUCAGAUAUCUGUGAACACCUUGGCUGCUCCGAUAUAUCUGAUGGCGACUGUACGUAUUGCAUUUCGAAUCUUAAUCGACGAAUACAAUUUUAUUUUGCACUUUAUUAUUUUAUAUGAUUCUUAAACCUACCCAGGUAACGUUACAUAAGUAUAAUGUAUGUAUUUGAAUAUGUUACCUUAAUUUAUGCUGUGCAACAAUACACACAUUUUUAGUUACUUGUCUUAUGUAUUUUUUUCGUCAAUUAUGAUUCUAAAGUCCCAUUUACACGGCGCGAGAACUUGCAGGCAAUAUUCGAUACAUUGCUAACUACACAGUACAAUGAAUUCAGUCGUGCGACCAAAUACCGCAAUGUAACGAGAAUCAGAGGUUCUUGAUCUGUAUAAAUAGGGCUCUAGGAUACCUGUUGUUAUGGAUUAGCAUAAAACCGCAAAGCUUGACACAGAGGGCGCUGUAAAAGUUUAGGUGCCAACUGACAGGUUAAAACUUAACACUUUUAAAAAUGGAAACCGGCUUCAAAAAGUAUAAAAAUUUAAAUACCUAAAUUUAAACGCUAGCAACUGAUAUGUUUGAGGAACAUUUGAGGAGUGCCCUCAAUUCGCCAUGAGAUCCCAUCAUCAGAACUGUAUUUUGAUUUUGCCAAAAAUGGGAUCAAUCUUGGAAAUACAUAUAGGUACAUAUACUAAAUUAUAAUUUUAAACUAAAACAUAACAUUCCAUAUCGGCUCUGAAAUGUUGAGUUCUGAUGUAACAUACAAAAAAAAAACGGUCGAAUUUGAUAACCUUAUUUUGAAAGCUGUUAAAAAUAUUCCAUUUAGGCACUGUUUUUUUUCACCUAUUAGUUUAUGCCCGUGACUUGGCCUGAAUAAUUUAGACAGACAGACGGAGUCACUCGUAGUUACUUUUGCAAAUUAUGAUACAUAUUAUAAUAUGGAUCUGGACGAAUACUGUCCCGUCUUAUACCUAUAAACGAGCAAUUCUUGUAUAUUUAGUAAUAUAAAUACAUACAUCGUGGAUCUCGGCAACGGCUCUAACGAUUACGAUGAAAUUUGCUAAUAUGGGGGCGAAAAAUCGAUCUAGCUAGGUCUUAUCUCUGGGAAAACGCUCAUUUUUGAGUUUUUAUACGUUUUCCGAGCAAAGCUAGGUCUCCCAUAUAUUAUAGCGUUAUUUCAGGCCUAUGGAACUCUCCGCGCGAGCUCGGAUUUAUACCUACGAAUCUUGUCCCGUUCACGGUAGAAAAGCAAGCCAGUUGGUUGCCACACGCGCUCACGUACGCACGUCACCGCGCGCCGCACUGUCAAUUUUUACGAUAGUUACAAGCUACGUACCUAUACCUACUAUUGAUUUUCUUUAAUUAAACAUGUAAUGUUUAUUAUGUAUGACAAAUGUAUAGUUUUAGAUAUCUAUCUAUUUGAAAUAGGUAGCAAAUUUUUAAUUUAUUUUGGUAAAUGUUUAUUUUAACGACAGUAAGUUAACUUUACACCGGAAAGUGCCUACUCAUUUUUGCUCUGGUUAACUUAUAAUUAAUUACCUGUAUUCAUUCAUGGGGUUCCUAUUAUUUUUCUUUAAUGUGAACAUUAAACUAAUUCUUGCUGGGAUUAUUGCGCGGUUUAUAAAACGGUGUAAACACUGCGCUUACUGCAGGGACAUAUGACCUUUUAAAAUGACUAUUUCGCAAACACGUCAUAAUUGGAAUAUUAGGUAUAAUUUAAGAUUUAGCUUUCCUUUUAUUUCACUCCGCUGUUUAAGUAGGUAUUUAUUUAUCAUUUCUAAGCGUCAGCAACCCUAGUGUUGUGCCGGUGCGCGCGGUGCGGGGAGCGGAGCAUUGAAGGUCACUCCAUUGUAUUUUUGUGUAGGUAUCAAAACGGUAGGUAUUUGCGUUUUGUUUGAGAGAUAAGUAUAUCUGUUCGUAAGAACUAUUAUAUAAUCUGUGGUUAUUUACAAAGUUUUCAAGUGAAUUAUGUUAAAACUAUCAAAAGGAAUUCGCGUUGUAAGAAAUACAAGAUAAUCUGGAAGUGAUUACGGCGUAGGUAUUAGAUUUAAUUGUGUAGGUAUCUAUCUAUGGAAUUGUUCCAUUCAAACGACUGAGUCACAUGUAUUUUUGUUAUAGACUGAUAGUGGAAAACGUGUACCCAUAGUCAACAAAGUGUCAGACGAAACCUAUGCUCAGCGCCCUCUGUAGUCAGCAGUUGGCAAUGAUCAACACCCUUGAUUUGAUAUUUAUUCAGUUAGAUAUAUUUCUGGAGUGUAAAGUGUGUAAAAUGUAAUUUGUGUGCUCGUGUAUGUGUCCUGCGCUGAUUAAUAUGUUUGGAGAUCACGUAAUUAGUGAAUAGUGGUAUAAUUCAGAUAAUAAAUUGAAUAUUAUUACAGAA